AUGCCUCCGGGCAAAUGGCCACCUCUCGAGGCCAAGAAGGCUCCAUGGGAGCACCGACGUCCUCCCAAACAGGUAGAGACAAUGCCACCGGUUGACGAGGCUAAAGAAUGUCAAGACAUUCUGGAGCUGUUCCGCCAAGGUCGCAAGGAAAUGAGGUUCGAGGUUGACAAGGAAGCCGUUCCUGUCCAGCUUCCCGAAGUCCUACAGACUUAUUCCUUCGACAACAUGGCUGACACACCCCUGGCUGAACUGCGCAGCAGCUUGAAGUUUGAUUCGAAGACUGACAAGGCCCCAGCCGUCGCAAAGGUAGAUGGAAGCGUCGUGAUGGUUGGAAUCAAAGCCUAUUCGGAGGGUCCAGGUCUGAUCUCGGUGCUUCCGGUAUUGGAUCCAACGCAGGUCCGCAGCGGUGUAAAGAUUUCCGACUGUGAGUUUCUUCGUGAGGGGCCCUGUUGA